CCAUGGUCUAAAAGGAUUGGAUUAGCUUCAUCACCGGGUACACAUCUUUACCUUUUCAGCUUCUUGGUAAGAUUUUUUUGGAAUGCCAAUGAUGUCAGCAUAGACGAAGGCUAAAGCCGUGGACAUGGAAGGGAAUCCUCAAAAUUCGCUUCACGUAUCUUGGAAGUUCCCGUGUGUUUGGCAUAUAGACUUUGCGGUGGACUAGGAAGUAGGCGUGGGUGGCAGGGUUUUAUUAUAGUUUGUUUCGUGAUAUUAUUAUUGUUGAGGCUGACAAUGAAUAAUUCUCCGACAAGGGGCAGGCCCAUGCUUCCACGUGACCAGACGAGUUACUCUCCCUGAAAGCUCCCAAACUUUGGUCGGGCUUCAACUCUUCAUACACGUUGUCGCCGACCAGUUUCUUCCGUUGCCGUCUCCGUCUCUCGCGCUGCAUCUAUGGACCCACCUAUACUCGAUACGGGCUUGGAACCAGUCACUGAAUCUGCAGGCCUGCGGGGUUGCAUUAGGGGAUAUGCGCCGACGGGCUCACUCUCCAGACUUGCUCACCGUCCUCGAAUCCAGUGAUUCGGUGAGCCGCAGCAAUCGUCAUCGGCCACUCAAUCAAUCGCAAUAGAAAGCGGCUUAUAUGCAUCUUCUCGUCCAUCCUCCGCAUGCAAUGCAAUGCAUUCCAGUGGAGUACACAGCUCAGCAGCUUACAGCUUACAGCAUGGGGACCCUACAAAGUGAGAUCAUACGAGUGUAUGAAGGGGCGCGCUUACGGGAUCUUAUAUGGAGGCGACUACCGUCCCAGCAAAAAGAUUGGCGCGAUGCGACCAAUUGAAGUUGGCUACGUUACAAGCUGUUCAGCCUUGUAUUGAAUCCUGCAUCUUGGGUCCUGGGAAUCUGAAGCUUGGGCCAGUUGUUUGGGCCUAUCGCAACUGCAGGCGGCUUGUUGGUGACAACACAGAGCUCCAAGCUCGGCGCCGGACAUUAGUGAUGGGACGGUGAGAUGGCCAUCAGAUAGGAUGGCUAUGUCCGCCUGCAUAAUGGACACGCAUGGUAUGCGUUUCAGCUGACUUCAUUAUCUAUAACUGCGGUUCAUGGCCCUCUUCUCAUUUAGGUUUUGAUUCCUACUGUACUGUCGAGAGAUUGAGUUUUGGUGUUCUGGAGAAAUGACGAAAACGGCAAAAGUAGCCAAGGGCCAAAAGCCCGAGAAACAAUCUUUCGUUGACAAGACCAUCAUUAAGCUUUUCAAAGGCGUCAACAAAGUGGUUGCAUGGCAUAAGCUGCCGAAAUAUCUCGGCGUAUUCAAUUUACUAGCCUUUCGUCUCGAACUCGAUCACGAGAAUUUGUACGAUGUCUAUCCCGAUGCUGCCGCUCAAGGGACGCCAGCUAGCUGUCCAAUGAAGGAUGAGCGGUAUUUGUACGCCAGGAACUCGGAUGGAAAGUUCAAUUCGUUGGAGCAGCCGCUGAUGGGAUGUUCUGGGAUGAGGUUUGGUAGGAAUGUCCCCAGACAUAAGACGAAGAAGCCGAGUGAAGAGGAACUGCUCAAUCCAAGUCCGAGGUUGGUGAGCGAGCAAUUGCUGGCAAGGACGAAAUUUAAGCCAGCAACUAUUGUCAAUUUGCUUGCUGCCGCUUGGAUUCAAUUUCAGGUUCAUGACUGGUUUAACCACGACACGAACGCGCCAGGAACCGACGAGGUUGAGAUACCUCUUCCUUUCCAUGACACUUGGCCAUCUGGACACAUGAAGAUACCCCGCUCAAAGCCCGAUACGCCUCUCUCUGAACUUGACAAGGAAGCCCCAGGAUACAAGAACAUGAAUACGGCUUGGUGGGAUGCCUCUCAAAUAUAUGGAUCAUCCGAAGCAAUUACUACCUCUCUUCGUGAUACGGCACCAAACGGCAAGCUUACGAUGAGAAGAGAAGGUUUCGUGGAUUUCUUGCCGAGAGAUGAGAAUGACUUGCCGAAGACGGGGUUCAACACCAACUGGUGGCUAGGCUUAGAGCUGAUGCAUACUCUCUUCGCUCUAGAGCACAACAGUAUCUGUGAUAUGUUGCUCGCGAAGUAUCCAGACUGGAGCAGUGAUCAAAUAUUCGACACUGCUCGUACAAUAAACUGUGCAUUGAUGGCCAAGAUCCACACGGUCGAAUGGACUCCAGCUAUCCUCAAUCAUCCGACGAUUGAGGUUGCCUUGAACGCAAACUGGUGGGGUAUCAUUGGAGAGAAACUACAUAAACUCGUCGGUCGCGUUGCGAAAAGUGACAUUAUUGGCGGCAUUCCUGGCUCUGGGCUAGAUUUCCAUAAUGUCCCGUUUUCUCUGACAGAAGAAUUCGCCUCUGUAUACAGACUCCAUCCUCUGAUUCCCGACAACGUAGCGUUCUUCUCGACCGAAACUGGUGCUCACACCAAAACAACCCCUAUCGCAGAGCUCGCAUUCCAAAAGGCUCAGAAUGCAAUCAAUCCCAAGACUUCAUUCGCCGAUGCUUUCUACUCUUUCGGGAUCAAUUACCCAGGCGCCAUCACCCAUCACAACACUCCCAACUUCCUCCGCCACCUGGUAUCUCCUGACGGCUUGACCCGAGACAUGGGUACGCUCGACAUCCUCCGCGACAGAGAGCGAGGCGUGCCCCGCUACAUGGAGUUCCGCCGUCUCGUACACAUGAAAGUUCCUAAGACCUUCCUUGAACUAACCGGUAACAACGGCGAACUCGCCAAUCAACUCUCUUCAGUAUACGACAACGACCUCGAGAAGGUCGACCUCAUGGCCGGCAUGUUCUGCGAGCCGUUACCCAAGGGAUUCGGAUUCAGCGACACUGCGUUUAGGAUAUUCAUUCUGAUGGCGAGUCGCAGGUUGAAGACUGACAGGUUUCUUGCGGGGGAUGCGUGGAAUGAGAAGGUGUAUACGAAGGAGGGAAUGAAGUGGGUGCAGAAUGAGACAAUGGUUAGUGUUUUGAAGAGACAUUUUCCAGAAUUGGCGGCGCCGUUGAAGGGGAAGGAUAAUGCUUUUAGGCCGUGGAGGAAGGUGGGGACGACCAGUGAGUAUAGGGGCGAGGAGACGAAUGCUUAG